UGUAGCUUGUUCCUCGCUUCUCUCCGCACAAUCGACAGCAUACCUGCUGCCCCCUUUGAACGGCGACAGGCAAGGAGAGGUGGGUGUGAGACGCCUCCGUACCGCAUCAUGCCGUCUGACCAAUAGCUGCGUCAGUUUAGACUGUACUUCCGCCUGCGCUGAUCCUGUCUGGGCCGGAUGGACGCCGCUAUCACACCACCUCUGCGCCUGCAUGUCGUUCGCGCCGACGGUAUCUCCCCAUCUUCUACUCGGGCACGGCUGCAGGACUUUUUGGUCAACUACGAUGACCGCCGGAGGCUCGCGUCGCACGGAGGCGACUCGACCAUAGCAGCGCAACUGCAGAAACUGACGGAGGCAUUGCGAGAAGAACGCGACGUGCGUAAGAAAUUUGCGGGGCAGUAGUGGUCCUGGUACGCCGUGCUACCAGAUGGGG